CCUGUGCUGCUUAUGACUGCUUUUGUACUCCAGGGUCACAUAUUAUGAACGCUUUACAUGUAUGCAUUUGUCAGAUGCUGUUACCAAAAGCAAAAUGGCUUUUUAUUAAGAAAAAUCUAAAGUAGGCCUGGUGUUUAAUUCAUUUUAACCUUAGUGUACUGUUAUUAACCCUGUCCAAAUGAUGCCUGAUAGUGAAAUAAAGCAAUCGGAGUGAUGCAAAAUAUCAUUUCAAAGUCAUAAAGUGACCUAAUCGAUACAAAUCCACCAUAUAUUCCUCAAAACCGGAUUCAGAUUGAAGUGCUUCAUUUGCAUUGUAAAAAGUCCUGACGUUGCCGAAGCACUGGAAACAUUAAAAGAGGCUCGUGCUGCAGGACUCUUGGCUGUGUUUGUGUCCAGCGGGUGUGGUUCAUAUUACAAACAGAGACAUUUUCCAGUCAAACGCUGUGCCCAAGCUUCUUCAUGUCUGAGCAGGCCAGCGCUCACAGAAACAUGCAAAUGAGUGUGCAUUGUAAGCGAGGACUGUUUGACGUGUGUCUCCUGUCGGCUGUGUACGGUUCGGCUCCCAGCAAGCUCGGCACAGAUUCGCUCCUGCUCUCCCUCAACACAUUUGCAUACAGUUACAGCGAGUGUGUGCAUGACGGUAUCUAGUGUACCUGUGUGUCCUUCAGCAGCACAACAUGAACACAGCAAUGAACAUCAGCCUUCUGCAUAAACCAAGUCAAGUCACCAUUAUUUAUAAAGCACUUUUUACAAUGCAACCACACAGUUUAUAAAGGCACAACCAGGCUUUAUCUGCUGUUCAGAAUCCAGUGCAAUGCAGUGUUAUUUUAGUAUCUGUUUUUAUUCAUCUUUUUUUAUAUAUAUAUUUUCUGUUUUCGAUGUUAAUAUUAAAUGUGUAUUAAUUUUGUUGUGUUUUGUCAUUUUUAUUAUUUUUAAUAUAACAAUUGUAUUAUUUUUUAAAUGUCAGAUUUUGAUUGCCUUUGUUUCCAGUUAUUUUAGUGCUUCAACUUGAACUCAUUUCAGCGAGCUUUUAAGGGUGUCUAUAUAUUUUUAUUUCAGUUUCUUUAUUCAGUGUAAAUGAGUGUGAAUAAAUUAUUGUUGUUGUUGUUUUUAAUAUUACUAUCCGAUUAAUUUUUAUGCCGGUUUUAGUUCUGACACAUUUCAAGUUAGUUAUUUUAGUCAUUCAACUAAAACUCAUUUCAAAUGGUUUUUAAAUGUCUAUAUAGUUUUUGUUUUUAUUUAAUGUUUCAAUUGUUUUAGAUUUUUAUUUUGAUUUCAGAGUUAACAUUAAUUUCAAUUAACAUUUUUUUAAUUUUAAUUUUUUAUUCAUUUUGUUGUUGUGUUUUUGUCUUUUUUAUUAUCAUUAUUUGUAUAUACCUUUUUUUUUUUGUAAUUUCAGCUUUAUUUGUAUUUUCCAGUUCAGUGCAAUUUUAGUGUUUCACUGUAAUCUCAUUUCAGUUUGUUUUUUAAUGUCUACAGUUUUUAUUCCAAUUUAAAUUUUAGUACAUCAAUUUAAACUAUAUGAAAAUAAGAGAUGUUGCCUUGGUAUACAGCUUAAAUAAAAUGUUUAUUUUGAUUUCAGAGUUAACAUUCAUUUCAAUGAACAAUCACUGAGUAAUAUUUUCAAUUAGUUUUUCUUUUAAAAUCAGUUUCUCAUUUUAAUGUCACUUAUUUUUUUAUUCAUUUUGUUGUGACUUUUUGUCCUUUUUAUUAUCAUUACUUUUACUGUACUUUGUUAAUUUCAGCUUUAGGCUUAUUUUCCAGUUCUGUGCAAUUUUAGUGCUUCUCAUUUCAGUUCGUUUACACAGCUUAGUUGCCAUCGUUUCAGCGCAUCGGCUUAAAGUAAAUGAAAAUGAGAAAUAUGGUUUUUAGAUGUAUUUAUUUCAGAGUUAACGUCUCUAUGCAGCAGCUUAUUUGCACUGUUUUUGUCACAGAUGCCGUUAGACUGACAGAUAACUGAUGGUGAAGCUUUUGACAUGUGAAGAAGAAUAGCACACCUGUUAGGACUAGAGAAAGCCAUUCAAGCUCUUCGACCGGGAGGUUAACAGAUAGUCAACAGUAAAGCAGGCGAUUUGAAUUGCUUUUGUCCCAGUUUAGGUGACAUAAACCCGACAGACAAUCAACUGGAACGUGAAAUAAAAGCAACAUUUUCCUAGCAGUGCGGCUGAGCUUGCUGUGCCCUUCAGCCCCGCGCCACCGGAGGACCAUUUGCAUGGCAGGUCCAGUUAAAUGAGGAGACCAGAUUCUCUCUACCUGGCAUGCAAACCAGCGGAGCAGCAGUUAAAGCACAGGUGUGUCCUCCUCUCUCCAGAGAUAUGGAAAUCAUCCGCUCUCAGAUUGACUCUCUAGACAGCAAGCCGUAAAGCAGUCUGGAGAUGCCUCGCUCGUUCCUGGUCAAGAGAAAGCAGUCGGCCUGCGCCGGAUGGCAGUGGAAGGAGCCGGAGCCCUGCUUCAGUCCAAACACAGGUAGGCUACCCAAAAACACCAUCAGACCGCCUUCAACCGUUCCCCUCGUGGCCUCCAAACCUGAGCGCACUUCUUCUGCGCAACACAAACGAAGAGAAACCUUCUGCAAGAAAGUCAAAGUGUUUGAACGACGACACGACGACCGAUUUUUAAACAUGAACUCGCUCUCAUGCCAUCCACAAACACACACCUGCUCUGGAGCGUCACAGGGAGGAUUAUGGGAUGGAGAGAGUUCAGCCGUCACACAGUUCUCUUCCUCCUCCUGCACUGGCCUCAGUGCCGGUGAACAAGGUGAAGAUGCGCUGCAGAUCCUCAGGGUUUGGACCUGCAUCUUCAGGAAGCUCAUGUGUCUCUCGCUCUGCUUCCAGGCGCGUGAAUCCGGCGGCUCGUCUGAGUUCCUGUGCUCCGUGUGUCAUAAAGUGUUUCCCCUGCAGCGCAUGCUGACGCGUCACCUGAAGUGCCACAGUAUGAUCAAGAGACACCCCUGCAGGUUCUGCGGGAAGGGCUUCAACGACACCUUCGACCUGAAGAGACACAUGCGAACACACACCGGUAUCCGUCCGUACCGCUGUGAUCUGUGUGAGAAAGCCUUCACGCAACGCUGCUCUCUGGAGUCUCACCUGCGGAAGAUCCACGGCGUCCGGCAGCAGUACGCAUACCGCCAGCGGCGCUCCAAGAUCUUCGUGUGCGAGGACUGCGGCUUCACCUCCAACCGGCCGGACGAAUACUUUCUCCACGUCAGACAGCAGCACCCCAGCAGCCCGGUGCUGCGCCGUUAUUACCGCAAACACAUGCUGGAGAGCCCAGCGCAGCACAGCAUCGCCCCCUUCAUGCUGUACCCCGCCGCCGGACUCUACAUGUGAAGCACAGCGCCACCUUCAGUGUGUGUGCAUACCAGCGCUGGAACCGCCAUACACUGUAAAACAAAUUCCGUAGAAUUUACGGUAGAAAACUGGUUGCCAGAAUUUUACCGUAAAAAAUACAGUAGCAACAUUUACGGAUUUAACUUAAAUGUACACUUACAGUUUUUUUCAACUGCUUACACACAAAAUCUUUACUUGUCACACAAUUUCUGAAAGCUGACACUCAAACAACAGAAGAACACACUAUACACUAAUUCUUGGCCUUUGACUUUAUGCACUUUUUUCAAAACACAAAACACUAAAAUCUGACAGGAAGUAUCUUGAUUUUCUUUUUACAACACAAGCAAUCAGAACGACACCCUAAUUUAUCACUAACUCCUCACAUGUGCUUCACUGAACACCAAGAAAUCAUUGGCAGAGGUGUUGCAACAUAAGACAAAUUUUUGCUUUUGAGAUGUGUUUGUGAUAUUUUAAAUGCAGUGCUUAAUUUUUAAAGAGAUGUAAAUUCAAUUCUUGGAUUUGUGUGUAAAGUUUUGGAAAAAAAGAGGCAAAGUUUUGA